AAGAAAUUGAAAAAUAGCAAAUCGAGGAAGCCACUGCCACCCGGCCCCCGAAAACUUCCUAUAAUCGGAAACCUUCACCAGAUGAGAAACCCUCCCUUCCGCUGCUUCAGAGAUUUAUCGAACGAGCACGGUCCCCUGAUGCACCUGAAGCUCGGUGAGUGCAACGCAAUCGUGGUCUCGUCCCCAGAGAUGGCGAGAAAAGUGCUAAAAGAUCUCGACCCGAGCUUCGCUGACCGGGUGCAGAACGUGGCGAGCAGGAUCAUGUGGUACGACGGCAGCGACAUCACCUUCAGCCCAUACGGCGGCUACUGGCGCCAGAUGAGAAAGCUCUUGAUCAACGACCUUCUCAGCCCGAAGAUGGUGCGCUUGUUCCAAUCGAUUCGAGAAGACGAGUCCGCUCGCUUGGUUGAAUCCUUGCGCGAAUCUUCUGGAAGCCCCGUUAAUUUCACAGAGAAGCUAUUCUCGUAUUCGAGCUCCAUCACUUGCCGCGCUGCCUUUGGCGGCGCCUGUAAGGAUAGUGAGACGCUGAUUAAGAUGAUGGCGGAGCUGCUGAAGAUGGUCGGAGGCUUUGAGAUGGCGGAUCUGUUCCCGUCGUCAGCAAUCAUCGGCGCGCUGAGCUGGAGGAAGACGCGCCUCAUGAAGAGGAUGCGGAGCGAGGUUGAUGGGAUUCUUGAUGAUAUUAUCGAUCAGCAUCGCCGGAAACUAGGGAACUCGGAGUUUGGAGGUGAGGAUUUGGUCGAUGUGUUUCUCAGGGCUAUGGAAGAAGAGGAGCUCAAGUUUCCUAUUCAUAACCACAACAUCAAGGCUGUCUUAUUCGAUGUAUUCACAGCUGGAACUGAUACUUCCGCGGCAACUAUUGACUGGACCAUGGUCGAAUUGAUGAGGAAUCCUCGAGUGAUGGCCAAGGUUCAAGCUGAAGUAAGACAAGCUAUGGAAGAUAACAAUGAAGAAAUCAAAUAUCUAAAACUGGUUAUCAAAGAGACACUCAGGCUGCACCCACCGGCUCCCAUGCUGCCUAGAGCUUGCAACGAGGAACACGUGAUCAACGGAUACACCAUACCGGCUGGAUCUAUGGUGAUGGUAAAUAUUUGGGCCAUGCACACGGACCCAGAGCACUGGAAAGAUCCCGAGAGGUUUGAGCCCGAGAGAUUCGAAACUGAAGAUCUGAAUUUCGUAGGUGGAGAUUUUAAAUACUUGCCGUUUGGAUUCGGAAGAAGAAUGUGCCCUGGCCUGACGUUCGGCUUGGCUUCUGCCGAGUCGGCUCUUGUCCAACUGCUCUACAACUUCGAUUGGAAACUUCCAGAGGAUGUCAGGGCGGAGGAUUUGGACAUGGCUGAAACUGUUGGAAUAACAGCUACAAGAAAACAAAAUUUGUGUGUGGUCGUCACUCCGUACAAGUAG